AUAACCGUAGCAGACGUAAACACGCGAAAGAAAAUAAAGAUAAAAAUGUUGUGGAUGUGAAAGAUGUGCCAACAAUAAUACGUACCCUAGGCCUCGUCCCUUCUGAAGUGGAGAUGCGAAAGACAGUAGCCGCCAUGGUGGGGGAGGAGAGUGCCGACACUGUGCAUCUGGCAGCAUUCCUCACCAUAGCAAAGAAACUUUUAAUGGACAGAAGGUUCCCCAGCAGCAACAAGGAAGAACUGUCUCGCGCCCUUGCAGUGCUGGCGAAGGAAGGGAAGAACUAUUUGGCGGAGACACAGCCCCAGCAGGAGAGCAAAGGGGGAGUCUAUGAUACAAAGCGGUCAGGGUUCCGUCCGCCGGGCAGCCUGUCCCGCGAUGAGCUCGUGCGCCUCAUGACGUGCGAGGGGGAGGCUCUGACGCAGGAGGAGGCGGAGGAGCUCAUCCUGUCCUUACCGAUGAAGGAUUCGGAGUACGUGGAUCUUGACCAGUACGCCGCCCAGCUCGUGCCGCCGCCUAAGUUCUUCUGAGGUUGUCGGUGCGCUCGAGAGGUUGAAGUUCAAAGGUCUUGAUACUGCGAAAGUGUCGGUCUUUCCUUUCAGUAUUAACACUGUGGGAUAUGUCCUGUUUCUGUUUUAAGAGGCUACUUCCCAGAAAAUUCCAAGGGAUAUGCGACUUUGAGUUACAAUAGUCUCAAUAUUGACAUUUCUUACUGUUUACUAUCUAUUUAUUAAUUUACUUACAAUGUACAAUCUUUCCUUACUGUCUUAC